ACCUGGCGCUGCUGGGCCUGGCCGAGCACUUCCGCACGUCGAGCCCGCCCAAGGUGCGGCUGUGCGUGCACUGCCUGCAGGCCGUGCUGCCCCGCAAGCCGCCGGCCCGCAUGGAGGCCCGCACCCACCUGCAGCUGGGCUCCGUGCUCUACCACCACACCCGCAACGGGGACCAGGCCCGCGGGCACCUCGAGAAGGCGUGGUUGAUAUCCCAACAAAUUCCACAGUUUGAAGAUGUUAAAUUUGAAGCAGCAAGCCUUCUGUCUGAACUGUACUGUCAAGAGAAUUCAGUUGAUGCAGCAAAGCCUUUGUUGCGUAAAGCCAUCCAGAUUUCACAGCAGACUCCGUACUGGCACUGUAGACUACUUUUUCAGCUUGCCCAACUUCACACACUUGAAAAAGAUUUGGUAUCUGCAUGUGACCUUCUAGGAGUUGGAGCAGAAUAUGCCCGGGUAGUAGGAUCAGAAUAUACCAGGGCACUGUUUCUGCUAAGUAAAGGGAUGCUUCUUCUAAUGGAACGGAAACUGCAGGAAGUGCACCCACUCCUUACUUUGUGCGGACAGAUAGUUGAAAAUUGGCAAGGAAAUCCCAUCCAGAAAGAAUCAUUGCGUGUAUUCUUCUUGGUGCUGCAGGUGACUCAUUACCUGGAUGCUGGGCAGGUGAAAAGUGUGAAACCAUGUCUGAAGCAGCUGCAGCAGUGCAUUCAGACCAUAUCGACUCUUCAUGACGAUGAAAUUCUACCCAGCAACCCAGCAGAUCUCUUUCACUGGCUGCCGAAGGAGCACAUGUGUGUGCUGGUCUACCUGGUGACAGUGAUGCAUUCCAUGCAAGCAGGGUACCUGGAGAAGGCACAAAAGUACACCGACAAAGCACUCAUGCAGCUAGAAAAGCUAAAAAUGUUGGACUGCAGUCCUAUUUUGUCAUCUUUCCAAGUUAUUUUGUUGGAACAUAUUAUCAUGUGUCGGCUUGUCACGGGGCACAAAGCUACAGCACUGCAGGAGAUCUCACAAGUCUGUCAACUCUGCCAGCAAUCUCCCAGACUGUUUUCUAAUCAUGCUGCACAGCUGCAUACUCUCCUAGGGCUUUACUGCAUUUCUGUUAAUUGCAUGGACAAUGCAGAAGCACAGUUUACUACAGCAUUGCGGCUCACCACACAUCAGGAAUUGUGGGCAUUUAUUGUGACAAACCUAGCCAGUGUGUACAUCAGAGAAGGCAACAGACAUCAAGAGCUUUACAGUUUAUUGGAAAGGAUAAAUCCAGACCACAACUUCCCUGUAAGCUCUCACUGUCUCCGAGCAGCUGCUUUCUACAUCCGAGGACUGUUCUCCUUCUUCCAAGGCAGAUACAAUGAAGCAAAGCGAUUUUUGCGAGAGACACUGAAAAUGUCAAAUGCAGAAGACUUGAACCGAUUAACAGCAUGUUCUCUUGUACUCCUGGGUCAUAUAUUCUAUGUGUUAGGGAAUCACAGGGAAAGUAAUAACAUGGUGGUACCAGCCAUGCAACUUGCUAGCAAGAUCCCAGACAUGUCUGUGCAACUAUGGUCUUCAGCUCUGCUGCGAGAUCUGAACAAAGCCUGUGGAAAUGCAAUGGAUGCUCAUGAGGCUGCACAGAUGCAUCAGAACUUUUCACAGCAGCUUCUUCAGGACCAUAUUGAAGCUUGUAGUCUUCCAGAACACAACCUAAUUACGUGGACAGAUGGACCGCCUCCUGUACAGUUCCAGGCUCAGAAUGGACCCACCACCAGCCUGGCCAGUCUCCUGUGAAAGAAACUACCAGGACAAUGCUUAAAAAAUGUAGCCAAAAUGCGGGGGGAACAGAACAUUUUCCCACAACCUUUUCUGCAAAGAAGAAAAAGCAAAUUCCUCUUCUAGCAAGGGCCUCGUAGGAAAUGGAUUGAUAAUCACAUCAUGUACAUUUCAUAGACUUACAAAGCGAGAAGGGCAUUUUAAGCUGCUUUUAUGUAGCCUGUGUGAACAUACAGCUAGUUUGUGUGUAUACUCACAAUCUGGUUUUAACUUGUUUUUCCUCUUGUCCAGAAUUAAGGUUUAGACAAAGAGGAACACUUGUUCCUUAAGUUGGCUAGAUGUCUGUUUUUAAAAAAGACAAUACCAGAAAAUGAAGAAUGUAUUCAGAUUGGAGCAGUGAUCAUAAUCUAAAUAUUUAAACCCUACCUGAAAUGAUGCAUGUCUGCUUUUAUUGUUUUCUGUGCUCUCCACUCCCUGGGAAUAAUUGGAUAGAAUCAUGACUAGCCAUAGGUUACAACAAGCUUCAGAAGUUGGUUCAUGAAGUGGCAUCUUUUCUUCUUCUGUAUCAAGGCUUUGAGAGUGGCAAAAGUAUUGGAAUCCCAUCAUGAAGGUAAAAAUUAGCUCAUUUACUAGGUAGACUGUUGAAGAGAGAAGCAAAACAAAGUGUGUGGUUUAGGGUAGACAGUUCCCAAAUCUGACAUGAAUAUCUGCAUAGAAGAGGCUUACAACAGAAUAACACAUGCACCUGGGAAAUCUUGCGUUUCCAAAUGAUUUUCCAUCUGCUGGGCAACUUUUCUGUUUUGUACCUCAAAUUUUGGAACCCUGCUGCUGUGAAGUUACUGUGUUUCUCUGUGUGCUGUCCAGCUGCCUGCCAAAAUAGGAAAGAUGUCACAACUCCGUCAUUUCCAUUUUGCAGAGUCGAGUUUGGCAGUUGUGAAUUCUGUGGAGCAGUGUCAACAGCUCAGAGCGGGGAUUCCAGCCUGUCGAGUGCAGAGUGGUGGAAAGGUCAUCAGACCGGGUUAAAUGUGUUUCCUCUUUUUGAAACCUAUUUAAUUCUGCAAAUUUAUGAGAAAAAUACUUAAGAUUUCUAAUCACAGGAGUACUGCUGGUAUUCCAGUAAUACCGGUAGGUUUUUUUAAAGAAAUGCUAAUCUUAUGUUUGGGGCAACUUUCUCACCUUAAAAUUGUUGAGUCUAGCAGGAGUGUAUUUGAAACUUGUCUCUUGGAGUGGUGGUUCUCCUAUUUAGCAAUCUGGCAUCUGCCUGAUUGCACAUUACUUGCCUUCUAGAAAUCAAAGUCUACUACUUGAUCAUUGAGCGAUAUAUGUAUUUUUUUUUAAAUGGGACAAAAAUUUGUUUUGUCCAUAUAACGAUGGGGUUAUGUGAUCCUUCUGCUUGCUGCACUGCAGCUGUUUAACCUCUGUUCUCAGAGCUGUGCUGAUGCACAAGCCGUGGUAAUUUUAGGCUUCGUUAGAUGCACAGUAGGGGGAAGAUGGUUGACUCCAAAUCUGAUAGAGGGAGAUGCUUCAAUUUCAGGCCUGCAGAGCAGUAAUUGAAGCAGCAUAAACUUAGUUUUUUUCCAGAACUCAGAAGAUAACAGCAUCUUUGUGAGCUGACAGGACUUUAUAGGUACUUUUAUGCAAACAAGCAUCCCUUGUUUCUCAUCAUUAUACAAAUAGAAACAACAUUUGUGAUAGUGUCUCUUCUUUUAAAUCAACACAAUCUCCAGUGUAUGUCGUCUGGUUUUUUUGUGGCCCAGACUGGAAUGCCGUUCUUGUACCCAAGAAGAGUUGUGCCAGUUGAUCAUGAGGAAUGCUACCUAGAGUAUACUUUGCUGAGUUCCUUUGAAUUAUAUCACUGACACUUAGCACAGUGCAGCAUUCCCAUGAAGGGUCCCAGAUUGACAGCUCUGGGGACAGAAAUCCUCUCUCCUCAUAAGACAGUUUUGGCAGUAGCACUGCAAGCUUGCACCACAGUACCAUUGUGGCCUCAGUUCUCAACAGGUGGAUUCUGUCGCUGGCCUCUGAUGGGACUGCCAGUAAAGGUGCCAGAUUGUGCUAUGGAUAUCUGCCACUAGGAAGGGCACUGGCGCAGUAGACUUUUCACGCUGCCAAUCAAGCAGCUGUCACUGCAGUCAGAAUGGUGCCAUAUUCCAUGUGCCAUCCAGACCCCUGUCUUAGGACAUCCCUUCUUUACUCUGGAGCAUGAAGCAAUUAGUCUUUCUCAUACAUCUAUGGCCGGAUUUCCAAAAGUGCUGAACAGACACCACCUCCCAUUGAAACACUUAUGGAAAGUGGCCAUAUUGUCAGUGGUGGUCAGCACCCCACCCCACCCUCAACUUCUGGUUGCUGACUUGUCUUAAAAAUAUGCCUCCAGUUCUGGGUGCUGGUCAGUUGAAAAUCCUAUGAAAGAAUCUCGGUUUAGAAGUGUUUAUACUUUGCAUUUGGAUGUGUGUUAAAGAAUGGAGCCUUUACAAAAUGGGGUGGGAGUGUGUGUGUGUCUGUCUUGGUUUCUCACUGAUAGGGAACAUUCUUGUUCUGUAAUGUAAUAUUCAAAUUAAUACAAAUAUUUUUAAAUAAUUCCCUUCAAAGAUCGGCCUAUUCACAAGCACUGUUCCUUUGCCUGCCUUCUUGUCAUCCACCCUAAGCUCUUUAUUCACCUAUCAUGUUCCCAUUCAACUGAAAGAAAUCCAUUAUAAAUGUUAGUCAAAUGCCUCUUCUGUGAAGCAGUGUGGAGGGGAGGAAACAAAACCAUUAGGGAUGGUUCACACGAAGGGUCUCCAGACAAGCCAGGCAUGUUUACUUGAGUCUACACAGGUACGUUGCCUCCUGUGGCAUUACUGCCUUCAAGCUUUCAGGGGAAGCUAUUGUGCCCCAAAGUCUUGAAAGUGGUUUUCAAGGCUAUGGGUGAUGAAGAGGCCGUGUAUUAUCCUCUGUGCAGCUCUUCAGUUUGCAGAGGUGAUUUUCUAGCUUCUUGUUGGCAAUACCAUGGCACAUAUGGAUUGAUUUGUUCUAUCGGUAGAAAUUAUAGAAAGCUUGUUGUAAAGCGAUAG